GUUAAAAUCACGAAGACACUUUCCUCCAUGCAUGUGAAAAUUCAUCAAAACAAACUUUGAGAAAAAACCUUUGGAAAAAUGUAUCGAGCACUGACAUCCAGACUUGGACAAGUUAUCACACAAAAAAGUGUCAAAAAUCUCGCUCCAAUAAGAUGCAUGGGUCUCUAUGAACCUGAUUAUCUAGAUAAACUUCGACCACAAGUUCCGGUUUACGAAAAUCUAAACAUUGAAAUGACCGGUUACGAUUAUCCUGUGCUAGAAAGCUAUCAAAGACUCGUGCACGAAAUUUGCGAGACCAUGGAAAUGAGUGUAUCCGAUUGCUGGGCUCUGCCAGCGAAGGAAGAGACAAUCACAAGAUUCAAGGCAAACAGUUCGACGGUAGACUCGAGCUACUUGUUGAAGACAUAUAAGCGGAUUGUUCAGGUGGAGCAAGUUAAAGCGCAUCAAGUGCCUCUUUUGACGAGAAUUAUUCAAGCUGGGCUGCCGGAAGGUGUCAAAGUGAAUAUUAUGGAACACACCGAAUUGCAUGACAAGGAGCGAUAUGUGCCGGACCAAGAAUUGAUAGAACUCAAGCAGGAACUAACGGAUAUCGGUGGACCGGUCAUAAAGAAAGACAAACGAAGGCGUUAAAUUGUUACAAAAAGUAUAGUCAAUAAACAUUUUUAGUAACCAUGAAA